AUGCGGCGCGGGGUGUGGGCGUUGAGCUUGGCCCUGGUGGGGCUCGUGCUGGUGUCCCUGGUGGUGCAGCAGCAGCGGCAGCAAGCCAAUUGGUCGGUGGCCACUGAUCCGUGGUACAGGCGUGCCUUUGCUUGGUCGUCUUCCCUGGUCCAGCAAGCCGAGCAGACUCAGCAAGCCCAGCAGGCAGUACAGGUGGAGCUGGCUCAACCGGCCCACAGCAGCGCCCAACGAAAGAAUGUGGCCACGCCAAUAACCAGCGCGGCUGCAACCACGCAUACCACGACGGCCAAGCCUGCACCAACAACAACAGCAUCUGCGGCAGCAACCGUGGUCCCGCCAACUACCGUGCGGACACAACGCCAUACACCGCCGUCAGCCCGGCCCCAGGCGCGAUUGCCCGAGCCCACAAAACACAUGGCACCGCCCACUGCAUCCGCGCCGCUGCCGCUGCCGCGCCGCCGCACACUGCCAGGCAUGUCCAGGGGUGAUCCCAUGGUACCCUCUACGUGGCGGCACCAGGUUGAGCUGCAGAGCAGCUACCGAAAGUUUGCGCUCGAGGACGUCGACCUACCCAUGACCAUCAAUUUUGCAGCCACCCAUCGGCUCUUCAACCCCACCUUUGUGGUCACGCCCUCGGCCCCAGACGGCAUGCUCGAGCUUCGCCUCUUUGCUCGCUUUCUGGGCAACAAUGGCAGCAACACCUUUCAACGCUGUCCGCUCUACGAUCUUCAUUCCUCCACCCCAUGCCCACGCCAGGAUUUAAACGGCAUGUCCUUCAUCACCACCUGUCGCCUCGAUGCCGAGCUCCGCUGCAUUGAAUCACUCUCCGUUCUUCCCUAUAAUCUCUCCUGGAGCUUUGCCCACUACCCAAAAUGGAAAAUCUACGGACCCGAAGAUCAGCGCAGCUUUGUCGUCGGAGACCGCGCUUUUCUCACUUACAAUGCCCCGCCCCGGAAUCCCAAACCACCGCCCUUGGAUGUCCGACGGAUCAUGAAGGUCCAGCAGGUGUACCCAAGAUUACUCGAGCCGGUAGACCUUGUGUACAGCGGAACCACCAAAACGGAGAAGAACUGGUCGCCCCUGCGCUUCGACACCAAGGCCAAUGAAAUGCUCUUCAGCCGCUUCAUCGAGCCGCACCAGGUCAUGGGCUGCCAGCUUCAAACUGGAGUAUGCCACGAGGUGGCUACCUUCGAGAGUCAGCACAUCCUUGCAGACGUCAAGCGUGCUGUCAAAAUUGAGAGCUUUCACCUGGCCACCAACACGGUGCCUCUCUCGCCUACUGAACACGUUGGCAUCUUGCACGGCCGCACUUCUUCCUUUGGCUACUAUGUCCCCCUCCCCUAUAUUGUGGAAGUCGUGCCGCCGUUUCGUGUCUUGGGGAUGGCCCGGCAAAAACUUCGGCUACCCCAGGAGAGCGACUCAUCCCGUGUUUACAUGCACUCUCUGUUCCAACUCAACGCCACACACUUGAUUUUGGGCUACAAUGUGGGUGAUCAAGAGGUCAUCAUGACCGUUCUUCCCACCUCGACUCUAACAAAGCACAUCACUCGAUUUGCGUAA